AGCGUGGUGCUCAGCGCGCUGCCCGCUGGGGCCCAACGCACUGACGCCGCGGCCAGGGGCGCGGUCACCGGCGCCGCCACCACUCGCUCUGUCCCCUCCGAGGACCUUGGUUGUGGAUCGCAGGACAGGAGACUGAGCAAGGGUGGAGACGUGCUGGUGGGAAGAAGUCGGCUGGCCCUCCCCCGGCUCUCAGGCCGAAAACAAUCCGGAAAAUCUGAACGGGGGGAGAGGGGCGCCGAGCCUCUGUGCUUUGGGGCGCCGCCCCCAGUGCCCCCUCCAACUCGGCUGCUAGGCGGGGACCCGAGACCGCGGACUGCGCAGGCGCGCGGAGGCUCGCAGCCGCCCGCAGAGAGGCGGAGGCUGAGGCAGCGCCAACGUCUAGGGGCUGUUUGGCGCUGGUUGCACCUGAGCGGAGCCCGCCCCGCGGUGGCAGACCCGAUCAUGCCUGUCGGCCCGACUGUGGUACAGACCUCCAUGAUCCGGUCCCAGGUCACCCUGCUGGGCCUGGGCCUGCUGUUCAUGCUGCUACUGUACGUGGGGCUGCCAGGACCCCCUGAGCAGACCUCCUGGCUCUGGGGAGACCCCAAUGUCACGAUCCUGGCUGGUCUCACCCCUGGCAGCUCCCCACUUUUUUACCGCGAGGUGCUCCCACUUCACCGGGCCCGCAGGGUGGAUGUGGUGCUGCUCCAUGGAAAGGCCUUUAACUCCCGGACGUGGGAGCAGCUGGGCACACUGCAGCUGCUGGCACAGAGGGGCUACCGGGCCGUGGCCCUUGACCUCCCAGGUUUUGGGAACUCGGCACCUUCGAAGGAGGCAAGCACAGAGGCAGGGCGGGCACAGCUGUUGGAGCGAGUGCUGCAGGACCUAGAGGUGCAGAAUGUCGUGUUGGUGAGCCCUUCACUGAGUGGCUGCUAUGCCCUGCCCUUCCUGAUGCAAGGCCACCACCAGCUGCAUGGAUUCGUGCCCAUUGCACCUGCCUCCACCCAGAACUACACCCAAGAACAAUUCCAGGCCGUGAAGACCCCGACUCUCAUCCUGUAUGGGGAGCUGGACCACGUCCUGGCUUGGGAGUCGCUGCGGCAGCUCCGCCACCUGCCUAACCACUCCGUGGUGAAGCUGCGCGAUGCAGGCCAUGCCUGCUACCUCCACAAACCACAAGACUUCCACCUCGUCCUCCUUGCCUUCCUUGACCAUCUGCCUUGAGCUCACCCACUGUCCAGGCCCGAGGCCUGGCCUGAGCUUGGAGGAUCUGGACCAGUCUCCACCAGGGAGGCAGCCCCUGGGGUUGGAGGGCAGAGGCCAGAGGGCCAGGCCCAGUCAGGACCUCUCAUUUCAUCUCAGAGGCACAAUAAAAAAAGCAUUUUUGUCAUGCC